CACUGGUUAAAACCUGCAUACCGUCUGGGGAAAAAUAAUUCAAACUCCUCAGUUGUAGCAACGAUACAUAGCGACCAACUUGUUAAGAAAAGCAACGGCAAUUAUUUACUCAGUCUUAAAUGUCAAGUUCAUUCAAAGUGCCGGGAUCUUGAUUUGAUUUGUUUUUUUCCAGGUUACAGUGUACUUGCCUAAACUAUAAGAUUUUACCAAACCGAGAUUAUGACUGUUUUUAGCUAGCUUUUUGCAAGCCUUUAUGCAGUUGACUUAGGAAACAGGUGGCAGGAACUUGGAGCAAUGCGUGCAGCUUGCACACAGCCAAGGAAAAGCUCAACAUUGUCGGAAACGCUUAGUCACGCUUCUCACCUGUCUUCUUGCUCAGGUGAAAAAGAGCUCAUAGUAGCCAAUCAGAGUCCCGAAACAGAGCUAAACAUUAUUAAAGAACUACUAAACGAGUUCAGAGGGCUUCGCGAGCUGAAGUUAAGAUGCUUGGAGGAGGACACCAGUAGAAGGGGAGAACUACCACAGAAGAAAGUGGACUUCCUGCAGUCUUACGUGAAUGACCUCACAGACCACAUCCAGGUGCUUGUUCAGACCAUUGAGGAUUUGCAAAGGGGAGCUGGACAGAACCAUGAUCGUGUUUUGGCUGUGUCUGAGGCUGGGUUGAAGCCUUUGUUGCUGGAUGAGGUCACUGGACCUGUGGCUCACAUCCCACGCAGCAGUGAUUCCGUGGACCAGAUGACGUCUGAGACGGAAGAUGUGAAAAUCCAGCUGCAAACCAAGGACAUGAUCAUCUCGGAUCUGGAGAGGGAGCUCGCAGAGAAUAUACAAGGAAGGCAAAAGACUGCGACGCAGGUGCUGGAAAGCGGUGAGAGGCUGGUGCACCUGCAGAGCGAGCUGUGUUGUCUGCGGCGGAUCCACGAAGACAACAUGAAGGAGAUUGCUGAGAAAGACAUCUGCAUCACCAAACUGCAAGCUAACAUUCAGCUCCUGCAACAGGAGGGGGCUGACACGCUUGCUCAGUUGGAGGCCAGCAGGAAGCAGGUGGAACGUCAGAGGAGGGAGUUAUCAGAGCUUCACCAGAAGGAGGAGACACUUUUGUGUGAGACCAAGGCCAAAAUGGUGCAUUUGAAAGACAAGCUCCGCAAUCGUUUCAAGAGAAUGGCGGAGGAGAAAGAGACGAGGAUUAAGCAACUAACUGACGAGCUGAAUGGUACGAGGCAAAAGUUACGAAUAAGUGAAGGUAUGUUAAGUGAUAUCACGAAUGCCCUGAAUCAGUCCACCACCAACCUGAAUGCAGACAGACAGCAGAUCUUAGGCCAGCUGCACCAUGCGAGCAAAGAGGUUGGACGUCUACAGCUGGAAUUAGCUCUCGAGCGUCGCACCAGUGAAAAGAAGAUACAGAAGAGGGAGGUUAAGAUUUGUACACUGAUGAAGGAGCUCACAGAAAGUAAGGGACAACACUCAGAGUGUCAAAAAGAGUUGCUUCGAAAAGACAGGUCUUUGGAGAAGCUCCGUGAGGAGAGGGAUGAGCUGAGAGUCCUGAUGGAGGACCGAAGCAAAGAGUGCGCCCACCUCGACCGGAGCAAAGCAAAACUGGAGGCUGACUUGACUCUGAGCCACAAACUCCACACCUCACACCUUGAGGUUCGAAGUAGAGAUGAGUUAAUUCUGCAGCUCAGAGCCGAAAUGAAGACAGCUGAACAGAAGCAUCGAGGAACACAGAAGCAGGUGACAGCUCUGGAGGAAGAGGUAAGACACUUAAACUGCACGAUUAGAGCGCACAAGGAAGAGGCCUGUCAGUUAAGCGAAAAGGUCAGCGAUAUCGAGCACCUUAGAGAGCAGAAGGAGAAAGAACAACAGCAGCUACAAGAGCAGCUCCGUAUUAAGGAGCAACAGGCUGAUACAGUUGAAAAGAAGCUGAAUAAGGAGAAGGAGGAGGUGGAACUUCUUAAUCAGCAGCUGAAAGAAUCCAAGGAUGAGCUCAAAGAGGCCAAUUUGCACACCCAGGAGCAGAAAGAAACGGCUGCGAUUUUUAAGCAGAAAUACACGGCAGCAAUAGAGAAGGCACGCAGGGUGCAAGAGCAUGUGGAACGUCUGGAGGAGGAACUACAAUAUUCACAGGAAAAGCUAAGAGAGUCGCAGUUAGCAGCUUCUUCGCUGAAGGAGGAGCUAGCUGAGCUGGAGCGCCGGUAUCAGGAAAAGGUUGGCCAGUGGGAGAAUUCACAGGAGGCUCUUGACCAACUAACAGAUGAACUUCAGGCCAGUCACAACCUGCUAAGAGAGAGUGAACAAAAACUGGAGCACUUCAAAAACCUGAUGAGAUCCCUUCAGGAGCAGAUGGACACACUCAAUCAGCAGAAACUUGCUGUGGAGUGCGACCUGCAGCUCUAUCGUCGGAGCCAUUCUCAUUCUGAUGAGGAGUAUUUGAGUCUAGGAAGACUCAGACAGCAGCUGCAGAAGCGCUGUGCGGCACAGGUUGAACACCUUGCGGUGUGUGAAAACACUAUUCUUCAGAUGAAGUCAGAGCUAGAGAGACAAGUCCAGGAAAAGGUGGGUCUGAAACCAAGUCUCGCUGCUUCCCAGCAAACUCACCGGAGCAAUCAAAAACAGCUGGAACAGGAAGUGAUUCGUUCAAAACAGGAAGUGGCAUCCUUAGAGCGUGAACUGGCGAACGCCCAAAAGGUACAGGUGACACUCCUCAGGCAGUCAGAUGAGGAACUGAAGGAGGCCAGACAAGAGUCUGCAAGAAAGAGCCGAGAGGUGGAUGUGGAGAGAAGAAAGGCCCAGAUGCUUCAGGAGGCGUUACACAAGGAGCAGCAGAAGCUGCAGAGUGCUAUCAGAGAGAAUGAGACCCUGAGCACUCUCAUCGGAAAGCUGAGGAAAGAGCUGGAGGAGCUGCGCAGCAGUCACCAAGUUACAGUGGAGGAGUUGGCAGCCCGUGCAGAGGAGGUGAGGCGGAUGGAGGGGUGUCUGAAUGAAGGCAAGCUAGCAGAGGAGAAAAUAAGGUCAAUGGCUGCGGGGCUGAAGAAGGAGCUGACAGAGGCUGUCCAUCAGAAACUCACAGCAGAGAGAGAGAAACAGGAUGCAUUGGACCAGGUGAUCACGCUCCGGUCAGAGAUGGAGGGGACGCGGUCUGACAAUGCAAAGCUUCUGCACGAGAGCCAGCUGGUCAUGACUAAUGUCAACCUUUGGAUCACUGAGCAAAAGGCUUCCAGUGAGAGCAUUAUUGCCCAGAUUAAAGCCCAAAACAAAGCUCUGCUUGUCAUCACUAAAGAGAAAGAAUGCCUUCAGGAGGCUAAUGACACACUGAAGGCGGAGGUAAAGAGACUGAAAGAAGCGGUGGAUGAGAAGGAGAAAGACAUGGAACUCUUCAAGGCCCAUCUCCGGGACUGGGGAGUACAGCAAGACAGGAAAACCAUGGAAAAGAAGGGCUGCGUCGCUCUAAACCUCAGCAAAAUCGAGGACAUGCAGACCAGACUGCAAAGCAACCUGGAGGCCAUCGGAAUGCUAAAUCAACAAUUAGGCAAUCUCAGUCAGGAGAAUAAGCGGUUGCGUAGGCAGCUGGAAGAAGAGAGGUCCAUGCAUAGACAAGUGGAGAGGAGUGUGCCCCUUCCUCCUCCCCCUACAACCACCAUCCACCUCCCACUCUCUCUCAGUGUCAGCCCUCCUAUCUGUGCCUCCCUUCCCUCAUCCCUGGGCCUGCCUCGUCUUCUGAGUAUAGUCCCAGUGACAGGGGACACUAAUGGGACUCAAACCAAGCCGACUACAGUCGGAGUAGGGAGACCAGGUGAGUCCAAGGCUUCGGAUAAAGCGUCCUUGAUUAGGCCGUCUUCCAAGUGCGCUUCCUCCGCCUCUGUGGAAGAUGCCGGGUCUAAGGGGACAAGCAGGAAUCCGGCAAAAUGAAGCCCCCUGAAGACUUUGACCUGCCAUGGCUUUUGACCUUCAGCUUCUCGCUGGGGAGCAUACCCAGGAUGAGGUUAAUGUCCUGCAGGUCAAAGUCAAGUCCCACAGUUCUUUGUGCCUAAGGGGGCGCUCGGAAACAGAAAAUAAUGGAAUUUCUUCAGCCAUAUUUAUAAGGGUACUGCUGUUCCAUGCAACGAUUUAUGCCAAGAAAACGUUCACAUUGACAGAUUACUUAGAUAGACUUAAAAUUAUGAUAACUGACUGUGUCCUCAAAAAUAUUACAGUGCUUCAAGCAAUUACAUCUUCAAUUAAUAAUAUUAUUCUGCAGCAAAACUGCAGCAGUGAGCACAAAAUCUCAAAUGCACUUAUUUGAAAAUUCCCAACAGUUCACUUGAGCUAUACCCAGAUUUUUGCACCUUAAAUGCACAAAUGAACUAAUCAAAACAAGAAACUUAAUGUAGAUAGAGUUAAACAGUAGAUCUGAAGAUGAGUCCCGCUUGGAUAAAUGAGAAACAGCACAUGAUCCAUCCACAGGCGUGGUUCAGACGUUGAUGUAAAUGGCAGUAACGCAGCCUCUGAUUAUGCUCCAGCUGUGCACCACGUGUCCCGCGUCUGCUGCGGUGAAUGUGGCCGUGCGUCUCUAUGUUUGAGUACAUUAUGUGUCUGUGUACUUCUGUGUCUCUUUGAGAGACUGUGGGCGAGCGCGUGCUCGCGUGAUUGGGUGUAUUAGCUGUCUGAUAUUAUGUUUCAUACUUUCAAAACUGUUUAUUGAUUUUUUUUUCUGUGCCCCGUAUUGUGACGGUAGCAAAAUAAAAACACAUAUUUGCAAGCGGCUUUAUAUUCCUCCCCACUUUUGUUUUGCAUGUCAGUGUGCCAAAAAUAUAUUAUUUCUGCCAGUUGGAUGCUUGUACUGUAACAAUAACUGGCAGUGGUACUCGUUAAUUAGGCUUUUGUAAAAAAAAUUAUACGACUGCUGAGUCAGGCAUCGAUGCUGAUACGGGUAAGUACCUUUCUAGGAAGUAAAAUCGUUCCAUUAAAAGAUCUAAAAUGAGUUUGGGACCUGGGAUAACAUGUAGCUCUAUAGGGCACGCGUUCCUCGAUUCAUGUUUCAAGUGUUUGAAUAAGAGCAACUCUCAUCCGCACAAAUAAACCCUCGCAGAGGAAGCAUGUGCAUAUCCAAAGUUAUAAAGAGGGAACACUGUGAUAAUGAGAAUUCUAGGAAAAGCAGGUCUCAGGCCACAACUGGCUUCUUCAUCUUGCCUUUCUCUGUCACCGUGUCCACCUUCCUGUCUUCCAAACCCACUUUUUCUUUUUUUUUAUCCUUCAUUGGUUCUUUAUAUUUAUAUAUAUAUAUAUAUAGCGGUUGUAUAGCUGGUCAGGAUGUCAUACAUUUUAAUGAUUUCGAGCGGAGCUGCAUGUCCUUGUUAGCUUUGUUUUCCUCAUUUGCCAUGUCACACUCAAAAAUAUCCUUUUUUUAUGUGCAAACACACACGUGUGCACCUACCCACACAUCCACACACGCAUAUUCUUUUCACAAACACACACACUUUCACAAAUGGCACAGUCAUUAAAAAUGAAACCACAGGCUUUUUGAAAACUCCCAGGACUGAGGGAAAAGUCAGCAGCGCGGCGGUGAAAAGAGUCCCCCUGGAAACAAUGAGGAGAAUGAUCAUUUGUUGUUCUUGAAAACCCGGUGAGGUUUCACAGAGGUUAAGCUUCCCUUUGAUGUGUUUUUAACUCGUUUCAGCUCUGUGGAGGGAUUAGUCAGCCUCUCUCACACACACACAAACACAAAUGCACACAUUUACGCACACAAGUACAUGCAGGCUCUUAAUUUCCACACCAUGAGCUCUUCUCUCACAAAGACAGAAAAGCACACUACGGUCUCCUUCCUAACCUAAUUUUAUCAAAUGAGCAUGUGUGGUACUUCACUGCUGUGUGUGUGGUCCCUUGGAAAUCUGUGGUAAACCAGCAAAAUAUUGCAUGUCAGUAUUUUUUUUUUUUAUCCCAAAUUAGCGUCGGGCUGUUAGUGAACAGUAUGGGCCCUCAACCGCAAGAGAGAUUUUAAAACAAAAAACAGAGAAGUUGAAGAUAAUCUUAGCACUCAUUACAGUGUUUACGACUUAUUAUUUGAUCCCCAUUUCAAGAUACAAAUGAUUGGGAUGCUAGUGCCCAUGACAUUUGUGUGUGUAUGCUCUAUCAGCUCCAGUCUGGGCUUCCCUGUAGGUCUCUGCAUGGUUGCCUGUGCUAAUAAUCAUACGCAAAUAUUGUGUUCAAAGCUUGUCUGGUAAGCAUUUGUGGUACAAGAAACUUUUGCAGGAUUUUAAGAAUUUAUUUCAGCCAACUUGGAGCAAUAAAUGGGUGUAGAUAGACCACACCUGAGCAACUCAGAUAGAGCCUUAGCUCUGCUAAUAAACUCAACAGGAAAGGUUAUUAGUUGCCACAACAACACAUCUGGUAUUUUUUUCACCUUGUGAGUUUGUGUUACAGCAAAAACCUGCUGUAGCAGAAAUCACGAAAGAGAUGGUGCAAACUAUGUUCGCGAGUGUUUCUUUGUAAGCUGACAUUUUGUCAAAAUUCAUUCAAUAACAUUUACAGAUGUGUUCCCCUUGAAUAACUUGAUUCAAUUCAAUAUUAUUUAUAUAGCUUUACAUCACAACAGUGCUUUAUAUUGUACGGUAAUGACACUGCAAUAAUAGUACAAUAUGAGCAAGCACUUGGCAACAGUGGGAAGGAAAAACUCCCUUUUAACAGAACCAGGCUCAUGGGGGGGCAGCCAUCCUCUGCGACCGGGUAGAGGUGUGGAGACUCGUGUAAGUGUGCAUGCAAAAAUAAUGUGGAAAUGAAAAUGUAAGAGCGUAGUGAAGACAGUAGAGCUGACUGGCAUCACAAUAGAUCAUCUUUCCAAGAUGAUCUUUGUAAUGUCUUCCAUCUAUAAUUUGCUUCACUUAUUAUCAUCUUUAGGAUUCCUGGAGAAAAUGGUAACAUUUUUUAAAUGAGGGAUUUUCAUUUCAAUCUUUACUUCAACAAAAUGCAUAAAUGUUAUUCCGUUUCACUUGAUUCGUUCGAUAAAAAGUGUCUCUCCUUAAGAGGAAUGGCUUGAACAGUAGUGGCAUCUGUGCCCGACCCGCUCUGAUGUCUAUAAGCACAUAGUCGGUUAAUUGAACCACUGUCUGCUGAUGGGCUAUUUAGCCAAUCACUCAUUUUCAUUCAGGCCAAAUUUGUUCCAUGUCUAAAUAUCAUCUCUUCAAGUGACUCAUUAAGCCCCGCCCUGAGUCACUGUCAGGGCUGUGGAUUCACUGUGGUAGUGUAGUGUAGGCCAGGCAUACUGCACCCCAUCUGAGUGGAACAAAAGUCCGAAUGACCUCCCAGGAUUCAUCAGGCUUCUUCUUGUAUUCUUUUGCAAAGUUCAACAUUAUCGUUUGAACCAAAGAGCACAAAAGCGUUUUUUCUUUGUCGUCUAUUAUUUAAUGUCCUUCGAACUGUCUAAGCUGUCACUGAAACUCAGAUUUCCAUUGAUCCUAUACUAAGUCUGAAGUCCUUGCUCUUGUCUUGUCUGGCUUUCACUGCUAGUUUGUACAUGCAGCACAUUCUCCAAAGGUUUAUUUUAGGAGGAAACCACUGUGGCUGUGAUCGUUGGUACUGUGGCCCAUUCUGUACCUCCUAAUUACUGCUGUAGAAGUGUGCUUUAACUCAUUGUUAAUUGAUCAUGUGUCUUUCUGUAUGACCUUCACACUUAAAGCCAAUCAGAGCAGAUUUUUGGCAGUUCUUUCAAUUCAUAUAGAUGCAUUGCACAGAUUUAAUACAACUAUGGUGUUUACAUGACAGUUUGUAAUAAUCAGGCUUAUAUGAAAUAUACUUUCUUACAUGUGAAAGUUACCAUAGUGUAUUAGCUUUAGUUUCACUGAAUU